CCAUGGGAUGAAGCAACGAAGCACACGAGUGAAAACACAAGCUUCGAGUCUCCGUUCAUUCAGUAUUGGGAGAACAAAGAUAAGAACGUAUCCAUCGAUUUCGUGCUUCGUGCCGCCCAUUCAUGGCGAGAGCACGUCUGAGCUCUUCGAUCUGUUGGCCCGAAGCGAGGGAGAGUGACGAGACGAGAGGACGUGGGGUUGGCGAAAGACGGAGAGGGAAAUAGUGAAAAGUGAAGUAGAUAGAAAUGCAAAGAGUAAAAGUGAAAUGUCAUAGGAACGCGUUAUGGUGAAUAAAAUAAUAAUACUGUAUGAACAAAGAAAAAUAAGAUGAUUUACGAAAAGAAAGCAUGGAGAUGGAAAACGUCAGAAAGAGAGAGAAAAGAUAAUAAGAAAAACACUCUUCAGAAAUAUCUCGGCUAAACGAAAUAAUUUGUGUUGUGUUUGGCCUUGAAAAUUGUCAAGAGGAGCAGACGAGAACGCUCUUGCCCUUCACUGUGAUAUUAGCGAGAGAACUGGCCAGGAGGGGACGGGUCUGCCAUGAUGGAAACCACUGAUAAUGACACAGAAACAUGUAUAAACACCGGUACAGAAGAGGAACUCAGUCUGGUAAACCGACCUAUAACAACACAGGAAACAAACGAUGUGAUAUGCCAGAUCUCAGGAGUGAAAGACGGUGAAGAUGAGGACGAUUGCAUAAGGAGAAACAGCAGUCAAAGAGUUUCGCAAAGUAUAAGUGACGAAAACAAGACAGAUGAAGAGGAUCGGAUUCCAGACGGAGGCUGGGGUUGGAUUGUCGUCUUCGGCGCUUCGCUUGUGUUGGUUUUGGUCGACGUGAUCGGCCAGUGUUUCGGCAUCGUGUUCUCCACCUUCCUGCUGGAUCUCGGGACGUCCUCGGUCAUGACGGCCUGGAUCUUCAACAUGUUCGGCUUCCUGUGGUGUCUGACGGGCCCUCCGUUGAGUCCUCUGAUCAAGGAAUUCGGCUGGAGGAGAGUUACCUUUGUCGCCUCCUUCCUCCUGGCGGGGUCGACGAUCUCGUCUGCCUUCGUGACGUCCGCCUGGGUCCUCUUCUUCACGUAUUCUGCUCUUGGGGGCAUCGCUUGCGGGUUGCUCUCCAAUAUAAGCUACAUGAUCGUGCCUCACUACUUCACGACGAGACGCGGCCUGGCCAGCGGCAUCAUCAUGAUGUGGGACUGCGGCGGACAGCUCUUGGGGUCGCCCCUCGUCAAACUCCUGCAAGACGAGUACACUUACAAGGGCGCCACGCUCAUCCUCGGGGGCGUCGUCCUCAACUGCUGUGUGGGCGCCGCGGUUUUCCAUCCCGUGGAGUGGCACUUGAAACCUAAGGGUGUUCUCGCUGAGCCCACCGUCGCAAGAUCUGCGUCGGGCGCCCUCGAGGGAGGCUUGGCGCGGCGGUCGAACAGCCCGAGGCCAACGACGCGAACGCUCGUCCGGCGCAUCGCCCAGUCGACUCUCGAGGACCUGCGGAUCCUCUCCUCGGCGCGGGCCGCUAUCAUCGCCGUCGGGGCGACGGUCAUUUUCAAUGGCUACCUGAAUUUCCUGGCCUUCGUCCCGUUCGCGAUGCAGGAGGCGGGGCACUCGCUGGGAGACGCUGCCGCCUGCGUCUCGGUCUCGGCCGUCUGCAACAUGCUGACGAGAAUCACAGUGGCCUCGCUGUCGGACACGAAGAUGUUCAGCUUCCGAGUCUGCUACAUGCUGGGCGGUCUUACGAUCACGGCGUCGAUGCUCACAUUUACCCUUCUGACGGACAUGGUCUGGAUCAGAGUGACCAUGGGCGUGUGGGGAUGUGGCGUGGGCGCCUUCAUGAGUAUAUUCAACCUCGUCAUGGUGCAUUACAUGGGGCUAGACAGAUUCAUGCCCAUGCUUGGAGCGACGAUGCUGUUCAUAGCGAGUGGGUACCUCACUAUCGGACCGCUUGCAGGGUACAUCCGGGACACAACAGGCAGUUACAACGUUGCCAUAUGGAUGCUGGCUGCCACAGUGUUCUCAAGUUGUCUCCUCUGGCUCUUUAUGCCGGCUGCUGAGAUCUAUGACUCUACGAGGGGGCUUCAAAAAUGUCGUGGAAAAAGGACAGUAUGAAAAAAACAGUAAAUUGGAUUUUGGACGAUUUCCCAUCGAAAUUCACGUAGCACAGACCUUGUCUGCUGAGCGUCUUAAGCUCCUUACCCCAAGCGAAUUUCAUAAAUUUAAUCCUCUGCUCACAUUUUCUGUUAACCUUUGGAGUGAGCCUCUUGACCUUUCUUCAGGCGUGCCUCGGGCUUCGUCCCAUCGUAGGUAACACCCGCGUCCAAAAGAGCCAACUCGUCUUCCAGGUACUUCAGGAACACAUCGUGCGAUGGGCGGUUCCUCUUACUGAAGUGCAUACCCAAUUCUGCGAGCUAUACCAGCGUAGGAUUCUUGACUUCCAAAAACUGGUGCAUAUACAAUAGGGUGAAGGAUAACCCCACGAUGUCAGUCCUGUGAUCAAGAAGCCUAUCCCGGAAGACUUCGGCCGCGUACCAAGGACACUUCAAGACCUACAGUUGCCACUGCCACUUAUGAGAGCAGUCGCCGAAGUGAGACUUCCGACCGACUUUCGUAGCGCAUCCAAAGUCUAUCAGAUGGACUUGUGGCUCUCCGUUCGUGUACGUCACCAUUAUAUUAUCAGGUUUCAAGUCUGCGUGGACUAUGCCGCAGUCAUUUAAUUCCUUCAACUAAUUCGUAAGUGAGAUCAUUAUCUUCCACAACUGACGGUCGUCCAGCUUUCCACACUCCAGCAGAGAAAGCAGGGUAUCAAAUCCCAGGCACUCCAUGAUGAUGAUGCCAGCUUUGGGCUCGCAGCAGAUGAUCCUGGGCGCGCCCGCCCGGCCUUCCAGAUAGGCCAGGAUCGAAGCCUCGUGCUGAGUUAUGCGCUCAACGCCAUGGCAACCCUAUUUCGUGUUGAUCUUCGCUAUAACAGGUACAUUGUUCCCCGGAAUUUUUUCCAAAUAAAUCUUAGCAUAAGCUCCAGAUCCAACCAUCACUUUCUGAGAUAGCAAAUCUGCUAAGCCUGAAACUAUGAAAGGAUCAACAAUAUAAGAAAAGUUGGAAAUUAACGUGAACCAGGACUCAAAAGUUCGCGCUUCGUAGCAGACCGAUUAAAACCAUUGAGAUACGCUUCUAAAGCUAAUGUUACUUAAAAAAUUACGAAUAAUGCCAUAACAUAAAGAUAGUAUCAACGCAAUUACAAUAAUUAUAAGGAAAUUCAUUAUCAUUAUUUAUAACC